AUGUCGCCAGAAGUAAAAAAGCGCGUGCGGGCUCUAAAAAGACUAAUUUUAGCCCAGAAUGAAAUUAAAUUGAGAUUCGAGGCUGAAGUUCAUCUUCUUAAAUUGAAAUACCAAAAAGUGUACGAGCCAUAUAUUAAUAAACAAACGGAUAUAAUUCAAGGAAACUACGAGCCUACCAAAGGUGAAUACAGUAGUUCUGAUGAAGAAGACGUACAAGUUCCCAGAUAUGAUGAACUAGGGGAAAUAGAACUUGAAUCGUGUAGACAAGAACCGAAAGGAAUACCGGACUUUUGGUUUGUGUACAUGGAGAACUCGUAUAAAUUCAAAAGUCACAUACUACCACAUGAUAAGCCAAUCAUUAGACACUUGUCAGAUAUCAGAUGUAAUCGGUCGGAAGAGUAUAUCGGAUUUACUAUGGAAUUCCAUUUCACACCUAACGAAUGGUUCACUAAUAAUGUACUGACCUUGAAGUUCGAAGAGGACCCUCCAGACAAUAUUUUUGAUUUUGUUAAAUUGUAUGGUGUGGAAAACACCUUUGAGUACAAACUCACUGGCUGUGAAAUUAAUUGGAAUGAGGGAAAAAAUGUGACACAGCAAACGAAAAAUGUAACACUUGAAGGCACCGAAGUUCCUUUUAACAAAACCAUUCAAUAUCCAUCGUUCUUCAAUUUAUUUAAUGAUAAAUUUAAUUUGACAAAUCCCGAUAGAUGGUAUUUUCAAACAUUUUUCAAACAAUAUAAUCACCAGUGCAAUUGGUUAGUUAAUGAAGCUUUUAUGAACUUUUAUUUCCAUCACGCGGGCAUAUUAUUUGGUAUGGCGGAAACGUUUGAUUUGUCUGAAGAUUACGAGACGAGUGAAUCGUUUAUUGAGACGGAUGGAGAAGAUGAUAAAUGUACGUCUCACUCACAGAUGAAAUAA